CAUUGAAAACUUCUGCGUGUUCAGAAUUCCUUCAAGCGUUUUUGGACGCAUAUUGAUAAAUUGUAAUUUCUGCUUUGCUGUUUUAAUUUUUAUAAAAGGCUUGAUUACUCACACAGAGCAAUAAGACUAUUACUAAUGAAAUUAUGGGUGAAGGUGAUGAGAACGUGGAGCGUGGUAACUGGUCCUCAAAAACUGACUACCUACUCUUGAUGAUUGGUUAUGCUGUGGGUCUGGGGAAUGUCUGGAGAUUCCCAUACCUGGCUUACAAAAACGGAGGAGGCGCAUUCCUUAUUCCCUACACAAUCAUGCUGGUUCUCGUUGGGAUACCAUUGUUUUUCCUGGAAUGUUCCUUUGGCCAGUUUGCCAGCCUCAGAAUUAUCAGGGUGUGGAAAGCUGUGCCCAUGUUACAAGUUGGUGUUUGCGGAAUAGUUCAAGGUUUGAGGCUCAGCACGAUAUUUGUGGUUGUAACUUCGAACAUUUUAUACAACUGCAUCCUUGCCUACUGUGUGUACUACCUGUUUGCUUCCUUCCAAUCACCCCUGCUGUGGUCAGACUGCUUCAAUUGGUGGGGAGCUGAUGAAACAUGCAGCAGGACUGCCAAAGAUCCACUCUGCAAUCUCACUCUGGAUGAUGGAUAUUUUGAAAUUGUUAAUACUACAUGGCUGCAGGCAAACAAUGAAACUUGUCCAAAUGGAUCAGAAAUCUCCGUUCCUCACCAGACACAACAUCGUGGGCUGAAGGGCCUGUUCUGUGCUGUACUGUUCUAUGUUCUAUGUUCUAUGACACCGAGUGAGUACUACUGGGAGUAAGUACAUUGUGCAGAGUGCUAUACCUGUAACCUGCACAGCUGAACCAGUAACUUCUCUGGGGGUGGGGAUUUGUUGGUGAAUGCCCUGGUUAAUGAGAGAAGUUGUUUGAUUUCAAUAGAGGUAUUAAUAAUAUUGUAGAACUGUUCCAAAACAGCAGCAUAAUCGGGGCCCUAUCAUAAGUAGGUUUACUUUAAUACUAUCUGUAUGGACCUUCAACAGACUUUGGAGGGCUCAGUGUUUUGCAAGCCUGAGCAUCUUCAUUGGCAAAGAUGAGGGAGUGGUAUAGGAGAGAUGGAUGGAAGAAUAUGGGGGACUCUGAUACUCUUGUUUGAAGGCAGUCAUUCUGCCCAUCCUCCUCCCAGUCC